CCUGUCCGGGUGAGUGCUCCCUCUCCUAAGGCCUCUGUAUAGUUCCGUUGGAGAGAUCAGAUCUUGUGAAUCUCUAAAGUUGAACCUACAGGUUGUUUCUGGAAAUAGGUAUCUAUUUUGCCAGCUUUUCCAAAGCUCCGUAAAAUUGUCUAGUUUACUGCAGUCGCUAGGAGACGGUAAACCGGAAACGGAAAUGCCAUUCGAGACCUCUACGGGAAGAGGGCGCUAUGGCUGCCAAAGCGGAGGUCCGGGCGUUGCAGGCUGAAGUCGCCCGGCGGGAGAAGGAACUGAGUUCCCUGAAGCAGAGACUGGCGGCGGCUCUUCUGGCGGAGGAAGAGCCAGAGCGGCCGACUCCCGUGUCGCCCCUGCCGCCGAAGGCCGCCCUGACCCGGGAUGAGAUUCUGCGCUACAGCCGGCAGCUCGUGCUGCCCGAGCUCGGCGUGCAGGGGCAGCUGCGGCUCACCGCUGCCUCCGUACUAGUCGUGGGCUGUGGUGGGCUCGGCUGCCCGCUGGCGCAGUACCUGGCAGCGGCCGGCGUGGGCCGCCUUGGCCUCGUGGACUACGACGUGGUAGAAAUGAGCAACCUGCCUCGUCAGGUGCUGCACGGGGAGGCACUGGCCGGCCAGGCCAAGGUCUUCUCGGCCGCCGCCUCGCUGCGCAGUCUCAAUUCGGCAGUGGAGUGCAUUCCGUACGCUCAGGCUCUGACGCCCGCCACGGCUCUGGACCUGGUCCGCCGCUAUGACGUGGUCGCUGACUGCUCUGACAACGCGCCCACUCGGUACCUCGUUAACGACGCCUGCGUGCUGGCCGGCCGACCUCUCGUAUCCGCCAGCGCCCUGCGCUUCGAGGGCCAAAUCACAGUGUACCACUACGACGGAGGGCCUUGCUAUCGCUGCGUGUUCCCCCAGCCACCUCCAGCGGACACGGUGACCAACUGUGCGGAUGGCGGGGUGCUCGGUGUAGUCACUGGGGUCCUGGGCUGCCUGCAGGCGCUGGAAGUGUUGAAGAUCGCCGCAGGCCUGGGCCCCUCCUACAGUGGCCGACUGAUGCUCUUUGACGCUCUCAGAGGACGUUUCCGCUGUAUUCAGCUGCGGAGCCGCAGGCCCGACUGUGCGGCCUGCGGGGAGCAGCCCACUGUGACUGACCUGCAGGACUACGAAGCCUUCUGUGGCUCCUCAGCCACCGAUAAGUGCCGCUGCCUGCAGUUGCUGAGCCCAGAGGAGCGAGUUUCUGUCACCGACUAUAAGCGGCUUCUGGAUUCUGGGUCACCCCACGUGUUGCUGGAUGUCAGGCCCCAAGUGGAAGUGGACAUUUGUCGUUUGCCCCAUGCCCUGCACAUCCCUUUGAAACAUUUGGAACGGAGGGAUGCGGAGAGCCUGAGACUCUUAGGGGAAGCAAUCCAGAAAGGGAAGCAAGACACACAGGAAGGAGCAGCGCUCCCCAUUUAUGUGAUUUGCAAGCUGGGCAAUGAAUCCCAGAAAGCUGUGAAGAUCCUGCAGACAUUGACAGCAGUCCAAGAGUUAGGCUCCCUGACAGUUCAGGAUGUGGUGGGGGGGCUCAUGGCCUGGGCCGCCAAAAUCGACGGGACAUUUCCGCAGUACUGAGGGGGCUGGUAGACGUAGUCUAACCUGAGAAGGGUGCGAGUUGUCACAUCACCUUUAAGAUCAUGGCGAUUUAUUGGAUGAUGUAGUUGUUAAUCUACAACUGCAGGAUGAGUACUGUGCUUGCAGCACUUGGAGGGCGUCUUGAACUUGUGAGCUGCAUUGUAAGGGACAGGAUUUUGUGUUUUAAUCUGCUGAUCAUUUGCCGGUCCUGCUUUUUCCCACCCACCCCCCCCAUUCAAAAGCUCUCAAAAUGGUCUGUUAUGCCUGCAGUUAAGUUGUAACCUUAGUCUUACUGAAUUGAUCACAGAUGGCACACUUAAGAUCAAUUUAUUGUUUACUAAAGAUGUUCUUUGGAUCUUAUUUCCACUUCAAGUGGUAGAAUAUAUACUAGAGAAAAAAGUGUUAAGGGGUACAUUGUUUUAAUGACCUGGAAAGUGGUUAUAUAUUAAAUAUUGUGAAUUCAUAUCCAAAGUGAAGAAUUUACAGGUUAGCAAGAAUAGAAGCCACUUUCAUAGUAUGUCAGUUUCUUUUAUAAACUUCUGAUUAUUUUCUUAAAGUUGGCUUCAGGGUCCACCUUAUGUUGUAUUGAUAACAUUUUCUAAACUGUGUAUUAUGGUUUGGCUUGCUUUGGAAUCUUCAAGUCCAAGUUCCAACCUUCUGCCCUCCUCCUGUCCUUCCCUAUCCAAUCUGAUAUAAACAACAUUUCCAUGAAAUGGCAGCUACUUUGCCCAAUUUCCAAUAUCUACAACAAAAUCAAAAGUAAAAAUUUGGUAUGUAUGUAGCAGUGGUUAAUUGAAGAGGAAAUGCCUUGUCAAAGGGCGCCUCCACUCUCCAGCUGACUUUUGCAUGCAGGCUUACCUACAGCCAGAAAUCACAGAUGUAAAUGUGAAAUACCUUUGCAUCUGUGGCUACAGCUGUUUAAAGAAAGUUAAAAAGCACUGUGGGCCAGGCAAAACCCUCUACAUGUCAGAUUUACUUACCAGUUUGCAAACAUUUUUCCUCUCCACUAUUCUCUCUGAAGUUUGGGUCUCCAUUUUAUUUUUUAUUAUUUUUUUUAAAAAGAGUGUAUUUAUUUUUAGAGAGAGAAGGGAGGGAGAAAGGGAGAGAAGCAUUGAUCAGUUUCCUUAUGUACCUUCUUGUGUGUGCCCUCAACUUAGGCCUGUGCUUGACUGGGAAUCAAACUGGUGACCUUAGCCAGUUCUUUGCGGGAGGACACCCAACUAACUGAACCACCCUGGCCAUUUUAAGUAGAUUCACCAUAAACAUCUUUUUCCUAGUGUUCGUUGUACCUGCCUAGCUAGGGCCUGUGGUCCUCAGCUCAUCGGUCUCUAAGAAUUGCAGCCUCGCGGACUCAGGUUUUGGGAUGGGAGCAUGAGGUAAAUUGGCCAGAAUUAAUGUAAAGUGAAGGCCUGCGCUGAACGGACGGAGCUCAGAAAUUAAGCUUUAAAACUCUCCCCCUGGGGCCUUAUCCUCUUACAUCUGGGGAUUAAGGCUUUAUCCAGCUGACUUGGCAUAUGGAGGGCCAUGAGAAAGACAGACCACACAGGGCACACUUGCCCCUCACGCUUGAGCCAUGGGGAGGAAUGUUCAGCAGCCUCAGGAAGGAAGGCUAUUGAAUAGAGCGGCUCACACAGGGCGGC